UGGGUUCGGCGCCGAGUCGGAGCACAUCGGUUUGGGUGCACGAUCGACGCGCAUUGUGCGGUCGGCCGCCUUCGCGUUGCCGGCCGCUGCUGCCCCAACCUCCACUCCCCAUCUCGCAGUCCGCCACUGCUUCGUCUUCUCGUCCGAUCCCCUUCGAGCCCCGCCUCCACACGAACACCCCUUCGGCCGUUGUUGACCAACCUCACGCGUCCUCCUCCGGUACGUGGCCACCAGUUACAAUAUGCUCAACUGUUGCGAGUGGAAGCAACCCGACUGUUGCUGAUCAAACUGAGGGCGUCAGCCAUUAUGUUGCUUCAAAGGGUUUCAUGGUUUGCGUACGCACAGUCAGCAGGUCAAAGGUAGUGCUAUCUUUUCCAUGGACCAAAUUGUAGCUGGGCCUUGGCUUCAGCCUAGUUGAAGUACUUUGCUUGCCGCUCGCAGAGGCCACCCAUCUCUUGGUGGAUUUCAAUGUGGGCACUCAAGGUCUGAUCCCAACACCACCUCCAAAGUUCUGUGGAUUAUUCCUCAGCGCAUUAGUAUAUUGCUCCCUGUUCACCUUUUUAUCGAAACUAGUUCUGACGGACGGUGAUUAGUCCGAACUCCGGAAAAAUUUUCAGGGAAAUAGAAAGAAGGAUUUUGGACCAGUUUCAUUUUUUUGAACUAAAGCUCAACGUCCAAGACUUUAAAGAGAAGUAAUGAUCUUGUUCAAAAAUGAACAGAGAAUGUAUUGCCCUUUUUUUGGGGGAGUUAGGUGGGCUAAAUUCUCCCUUUCUUCUUCCUGCAUUCCUCAAAGGCGACGUGAAGUUGUGAGAUCUGGGUCUCCUUAUGAAUUGAGCUGGCUAACCGUACUUUACCAUUUGGUUAAGUCCAUCAUUGCCAGGUGAGCUGAGCUACGUACUGCCGGCAUGCACGCAGCCAUUGUGCACCGACCAGUAACAGUAACCAUAUGGGCUAUGGCAUGCAGCACACAUUCACCCCUCUAGCUAGCAUUAACAUGGGGGACAGAAGCACAGACGAACUUUAGCCCAGAGUUGGUUGGUUGCCACUCCGCUUCAGGGGAAAAAAAAAAUUAAGAGUCAGUUGAGACAGAUAAUCGCUUCUGGCAAAAGUACUGGCGGCACAAACAGUACUGUACAUGGAUUAGCUGCUAAUCAUGCAGAUUCAGGCACAGGCAUCGAGGCAGGGAGGCCCCCACCUGCCGGCAAAUCUACAUGGGGGUCCGUGUGGGAACGUGACGUAAACCGUCAAAGGGAAAAAGGUGCGGGGAAUCGAGUACCAACCUUGGGCCCCUCACCCUUUCCAACGGGGGAGCUGACUAGGCAUUGCUCUGGUGGCCCACAAAGCAGCCAAUGGCCUUCCGAUCCUACAGUCCUGCUGCGGCUACACCAGCUCGCUUUGGCUGCCAAAGACAAGAAGAGAAGAUUGGGAUAUUUCUAUUCUAUUCACCGAUAUAAAGCUACUGACGCAGGACACAGCAAAAGCAAAAGCCAAAGUUUGAGAGAGAGAGAGAGAGGGGUAAUAUAGCUUCAUGUGAAAGAUGACAAGAAUCCCAGCAUAAAAUAAUCUCCCAAACUUUGCUAUAAAGCCACAACCCCUCCCCCUCCUCCUUUCCCUCCCUCUCUCUCCUUCCUCAUGCGCGCGCCUGCCAUUAGCCCAGGCUGUGUACAUUAUUUGUAGCUGACCAUUCAUUCAUAUAGAGCUAGUUGAGCAGGCCUGGUUGGCUGUCCAUAAUUUUUGCUUCGGAUAGCAUUGCUGCCAGGCGACUGCAAAGCUCCAAGCAGACUUUUGCUGUGAGGAUUUUUUUGCGAGGAAGGGCAGAGGGAGCAAUGGCGCCAGUCAGUUUGCCUCCUGGUUUCAGGUUCCACCCCACUGACGAGGAACUCAUCAUCUGCUACCUUAAGAGGAAGAUCAACGGGAGACAGAUAGAGCUCGAAAUCAUUCCAGAGGUUGAUCUUUACAAGUGUGAGCCCUGGGAUCUGCCAGAAAAAUCAUUUCUUCCGAGCAAAGACCUUGAAUGGUACUUCUUCAGCCCUCGGGACCGCAAGUACCCAAAUGGAUCGAGGACAAACCGCGCAACAAAAUCUGGGUACUGGAAGGCAACUGGGAAGGACAGAAAAGUGAACUCGCAUAGGCGUGCAGUUGGUAUGAAGAAGACCCUGGUGUACUAUCGGGGCCGAGCUCCACAUGGUUCUCGCACUGAUUGGGUCAUGCAUGAGUACCGCCUCGACGAGAGGGAAUGCGAGACUGACACUGGCUUACAGGACGCAUAUGCUUUGUGCCGAGUGUUUAAGAAGACAGCGCCUGGGCCAAAAAUCAUAGAGCAUUAUGGCGCAGUGCACCACCCCAUCGAGCAAACUCAGUGGAUGGGAAGCAGCGUUGAGCGCUCCCCAACGCUGGACUUGUCCAGUGAUGUUAGAGGUGAUGACUUCGACAGCAGCAGUUUCUCGUUCCCGACAGAGGCGCCAAUGGACUCCUCCAUGCAUGGUGGGUUGUUCGGGAUGCAGAUGAGUGCACCUCACGAGGAUGCCAAAUGGAUGCAGUUUCUGAGCGAAGACGCCUUUAACGCAACCAAUCCUUUCUUCACGAAUCCAGCUUCUUCCAGCUUCUCAUGCCUCCCAUCCAAGGUGGAUGUUGCACUGGAAUGUGCAAGGCUUCAGCACAGGCUCUCAUUACCUCCCCUGGAAGUGGAAGACUUCCCACACGACGUCAGCCUCGACACAAAGGCGAGCGUGCUCCGCAGCAGCAACCCCAACAACGAGGUUGACAUCCUUCAAGAGUUCCUCUCCGUGGCGUCGGCCUCCCAGGAGCUAAUCAACGGAACCAGCAGCAGCUACGCUGCAGAAAUGUGGGCAGGCGCUGGCACGAGCAGCACCAGCGACACCCACUACGUCAACGAACUAUCUUCCCUCUUUGAGUUUGGGGUGAAGGCUAAAGAGGAGGCCGACAAUUUCUACCACAUGGACUGCAUUGGCACAUCUUCAGGCUUCUCACCGAAGCCGGUCCGUGUCGAUGAACCGGUUAGGUUGGUUGAGAUCGCUGACAUGGAGGAGUUCAAGGAAGAGAAGAGGCGAGUAGAGAACCUUAGAGGAGUGAGGCUGCACAACAAUGACGACCUAGGAGAGAUUCCAACAGACUGCUGCAUCACACAAUACCCCAUAUCGGACACUGCUGACAUUUCAGGAGAAGCCGGUCACCUGACCAAUCCCACUAGCGCCGGCGGCCUAGACACUGCACCCAUCUUCUCGCAAUCUCAACCUGACGACUUCGCUAUUGGGUUCAGUGACGACGCCGACCCCAAUGCAUCUUUCGACCUAUGCGAGAGGGUUGACGUCAAGCAUGGGCUCUUCGUCUCAACGGUGGGUGCGCCCAAGACGUUCUUCCACCACGUUGAGCCAUCGAAGAAGGUCAGCUUCCACCUGAAUAAUAAUCCCGUAGCAAGCGACGACGACGUCAGCAAGGCGACGACCGGGAAGUCCCGUUCACCCAUUAUUAGUGUGAUGACAACCAAAGAUAGUGGCAGCAGCUUUUCUGUUUUUAGCAAGUUGAAGGCGCUCAUCAGGGACAAAUUCCUGGUGAAGAAGCUGCCUUCAUCGUGCCAGAGGUCCUUGUUAGGCAGCAAAGAAACAGCGGCAGUGAGCGAGCUGCUGCAGAUGGUGGUGUCGUCGCUCCUCUUAACACCAACGGAGGUGACAGGCCCCACUACCGAGCAAGAAAAGUUGGCCAGGAAGGCGAUGAAGCCGGGACCCCGUCGUUGUGAUGGAAGCCAUGCGUGGCUUCUUCCACUCCCCAAAAGGAGCAAAGGCAUUUCCAGCAUGUUUUUUAGUGGGAAAUGGGCAUUUCUGACAUCCGCAUUGGCCAUCCGCGCUCCAGGUCCAGGGUGCAAUCACUGAAAGAAAGGUCUUCCUUCUGGUCAUAGCUCGUGUAAAAAUUAAAGUACGGCUCUUUAUAAUGCUACUGCUUAGGAAACUCGUAUCGGGUGCCAGUGCACGGGACGCAUAGUCUUUCGUGCAUCAGACAGUUAACAGCGGGUGUAUAACGGGAGAAAUGUCAUAAUUCGUAUUUAUUUUUUUUAUUCGUCCUUAUAUUAACACGUCUGAAGUCUAGCCCCCUGCUGUACAUCGAAACACAGUUCAUAAAUUGAAAUUUUAAUUUAUCCAUA